AUGAAUGAAGAAAGAAAAGAAAAACCUGAAUGGGUUCAGAUUAAAUAUGAAGAAUUGCCAGAGUACAUAAAAAAAGAGGAAAGAAGAAUGGGUGCAAUAUUUUAUCAAGAGUUUGGGAUAUGUAUUAUUAGGCUUUGGGUAGUACAUUGCAAAAAUGCAUGGCUCGUAAAUAGUGUUACAAAUGAAAAGUUUUUGAUGGAAAAUGAUGACGAGGUAAACAUAAAGAGAGCAAUAAUAAACAAUGUAGAGUUAAAUGAUAAGUACCACUUUUUGCUGGAAACAUCAAAUGGUGAACAAAUUACAAGGAGAGAUCCCUAUGCUAGAUUUACUGAUUACGAAACUGAUUCAUGUUAUGUAGUUGAUAUUCUUGGGAAUUUGAAAAAUUCAAGUGCAAAAUAUUUUAAAACACAAGAACUUAAUCAUUUAAUUAUUUAUGAAUUGCAUGUUGAAAGCUAUAUUCAGAGAUAUAUUGACUAUUUUUCAGUUAAAACUGAAGCGGAAUUAAAAAAAAAUCCGAGUUUUUUUAAGCAAAUUGCUGAUUAUGGCUUGAAAAAUAUCAAGGAUUUGAAUUUUAAUUGUCUAGAACUAAUGCCAGUUGUGGAAUAUUGUGGAGAAUGGGGUUAUAACCCAAGGUUAUUGAUGAGUAUUAACAGUUAUUUAGGUUCUGUUGAGGAUUUUAUGUAUUUGGUCCAGAAAGUACAUGAGAAUGAUUUACUUAUAAUUGUGGAUUUAGUUCUCCAUCAUGGAGCAUCCAGACUCAAUUCUCUUUGGAAUUUUGAUGGAUAUAAUCAUCAAGGAGGAAUUUACUUUGAGGGAGGAGGUGAUACAGGCUGGGGAGCCAAGUUUAAUUUCAACAAAAAAGAAGUACAAGACAUGUUGUAUGAAGCAUGUAAAGUAUUUUUCGGAGAGUAUGGAGUUGAUGGAAUACGCUUUGAUAGUGUUCACAACAUGCCAAAUUGGCUAUUAAAAAAUAUAACUUCUAAACUAAAAAAAGAAUUCCCUGGUAGAUUUCUGAUUGCAGAGGUUGUUCCAGAAAAUCCAAAAUAUUUAAAAGAAUGUGGAUUUGAUUCAUGUUGGAUUCAUUCAUCAUAUUAUGACAUAAUUUCACAGUUUAGGAACCAAAAAACCCAACAAGAGUGGAAUUGUGGAUACUCCAAAUCUUUAAUAGAAGGUCAUAAUGGAUUUGAUUCUCCUGGUCAAUGUAUUUUAACAAUGCUUGGUAAUCAUGAUCAAAUUGGAAACAGAUGUAAUGGAGGUGUUCCUUUUGGUGAUGAUCGCAUUGGCAGAUAUAUCGUUGAACAGUUUGGAGGAAGAGAAAAUUGGGAUGCUCGAGCAUAUUGUAGGUUAUUGUAUUCAUUAUCUUGUAUAUCUUUCGGGGUUCCAAUGGUUUUUAUGGGGACAGAAAAUCUCCAAGGAAAAUGGUGGUCUGCAAAAGAUAAAGCUUAUAAUUAUGACUGGGGAUUAAUAAAAAACAAUGACCAAAUCACACAACAAAUGAGAAAAUUGGUUAAAGAUAUUAAUCUUCUCAAAAGCAAGGAAAAAGAAGUAUUUGCUUCAAAUUACAAUAACUUCAGCCAUUUUAAUGUAAAUUUAUCAUAUCUAAUAGCAAUUUUUUUAAGAAAAAGUAAGGACCAAGCAUUUUUAUGUGUUGUAAAUAUGGAUAAAUCUGAAUGGCUUGAUAAUAAUUACCGAGUUAAUAUUUCCAGGGAUAUAAUUCAAACUUUUGGUAAGGCACUGAAACAAGAAUUUAAUUCUCAGUCCGAAGAAUAUGGAGGUUGGGAAGGUAGCUAUACAAAUCCUAAGAAAAAGGAGAUCUACUAUUUUCAAGAGAAUUCUGCAGAAAAUAAUGUAUCCUAUAUGUUAAAUGUACCUAAAUAUUCCGUAACAAUAUACAGAUUCUGUAAGAUAUAA